GUCAGUCACUUCCUGUGUGCUCGGACCGUACAGAGCGGCAUGCUGUGGCUGGGUGUCGUGUGCCUUGUGUGUGCCAGCUCCUCGCCGCCUGUGUGUGCCGGGGAGAAGCAGCCGCAGCCUCCAUGUAACGCAGGCAGCACCAUGUGCAAUGGGAGUAGCAGCGGCGCCCCCGCCAUUCCUCCCAGAGCAGACUCCUUCUCCUCUUUCCUUUUCUUUAUGGAGAAAUGGGGCAGGAAGUCCCCGGCGGGCAGUCUGCCGUCUCAGGAGAGAUACCAAGUGUUCCUGAAAAGCCUGGAGCGGCACAGGUUUCUGAACAGUGACGCACGGGACACCAGUGAUGCACAUUAUGGAAUAAAUCAAUUUUCUGAUUUGUCAGUUGAAGAAUUUACCAAUAUCUAUCUGAGGAGUCACCCUCCCAGGAAUAAGGAUUAUUAUGUGCCUAAAAAGAAAGCCUUUGGAGAAAAGUCUUUGCCUUUGCAGUUUGACUGGAGAGAUAAAAAUCUGGUGACAGGAGUGAAAAAUCAGCUGGAUUGUGGUGCCUGUUGGGCCUUCAGUAUAGUUGGUGCUAUAGAGUCUGCUAACGCCAUCAGUGGAAAUCCACUUGAGGACCUCAGCGUACAGCAGGUCAUUGACUGUUCAUACUUGGACAGAGGCUGCAAUGGUGGAUCCACAGACAGCGCUCUGAAAUGGCUGAAUCAGACUCAUACAAAGCUUGUGAGGUCUUCGGAAUACCCAUUUAAAGCAAGAACUGGAACAUGCCAUUAUUUUCCUCCGACAGAACAUGGGGUUUCUAUAAAUGGAUAUGAAGCUUAUGAUUUCAGUAACUAUGAAGAGGAAAUGAUGAAGCUGUUGAUAAGUGUUGGCCCACUGGCGGUCAUAGUGGAUGCUGUGAGCUGGCAGGAUUAUCUGGGAGGUAUAAUACAGCAUCACUGUUCCAGUGGACACUCCAAUCACGCUGUCCUGGUGGUUGGUUUUGAUAAAACAGGUGACACUCCUUACUGGAUAGUGAAGAAUUCUUGGGGUACAUCUUGGGGUGUAGAUGGAUAUGUACAUGUUAAAAUGGGGGAAAAUGUAUGCGGAAUAGCAGACUUUGUGACCUUCCCAGUGAUGUGAUGUAGAUGAAAACCAGGAAAAACACGAAUCCAUUAAACAGAUGCAGUUUUUCUUGUUGGCAACAUUGAAUGGCAUGAGCAAUGUCCUGGGUGUCCCUCAAAAGUUUGCCUCCUACAGGACAUCCAGACAAUUGCAAGUUAAAUAUCAAGAUACUGUAUAUAUAGACUUGAGAUGAACUUUGCAGAUCAUCAGAAAUAUAGAUUAAGUUCUGUAAAGAAUGUGAAGCUUUCUCACAAAUGUCCAAAGCAGGAAAUAUGGCCUGUGGAAUUAAAACAUUGGAUGCUGUGGGAUUUUAACAGUCUUGCUGUUACACAGUGAACAAAAGGGAACCUUGAAUGUUUAUUACGGCAAGAUGAAGCCAGGUCUUUUUUCCACACUAUAUAUUACAUAGUACUUGGAGUGAUCAGCAAUUAAUUGUCUUUUGUGGACCAAAAGCAGACUGAUAUAACUAAAUAUAACUUUAUAUAUAGAAUUUCAAAUUUUUUAAAGACUCUGUAUUAUGACGAUUACAAACUGAGCUCUGUCUCAAAAGGAAAAUAUAAUGCAAUAUUGAAAUAUCAGAUAUAUAUCAACAUAAUAAACUCUUAUGGCCCAAUAGACAUUAGUCUGCUGUUGGGCAAACCUGCUUUUUACUUUGUAACAAACCCAGACCAUUAAAACCACCUGUCUAAUAUUGUGUAGGCCUCCCUUGUGCCACCAAACCAGCUCGUAGCCAUCGAAACAUGACAGCACAAGAUCUCUGAAGGUGUCAUGUGGUUCCAAGAUAUUAGCAGGAGAUCCCUUAAACUAUGUAAAUUACGAGGUGGACCCAUAAUGGAUCAGACUUGUUAUUACAGCACAUCUCAGUUGGGAUUGAAAACUGGGGAAUUUGGAGUGGUUUAUUCACCCAUGUCACAGCAAUAUUUCACCUCUGUCAUAGAGGGAAAUUACUGUAGCAUCAAGUGGUGAAGACACAACAGGCUCAGAACUGAUAGACAUAGUGACACAAUGGAAGAAUAUAUCCCAAAAAGGGGCUUGCAUGUGUUUUUUGUGUCCAGAAAAAAAAAA